GUCAGUCAACAAACGUCAAAAAAACAAAAAUGUGAUACGUCAAAAUUAUGGUACUCGAGAAUCGUGUAAUUAUUUUGAGAUGUUAACUUGUUUUGGUUGUUUCGAUGAAUACGAUGGCACUACCGGGGAAUGGGAUAUUCGUCGUCAAAGGCGAAAUAUCGAACUUGAUGGCGGCCAUGAAGAGGGGCCCCAAAUGGUCGUCGCAUUCUUAUCAGGACGACGACGUCGACGCGCUGCUGAGGAACUUCCAAGAGCUGCGGGACAUUCUACACAACGUAAACGAUUUAGGAUACGUUGAACCCAACACGUUUUUGGCCCCUUUUUUGAACGUCAUCCGUUCGGAAGAGACUACGGGUCCUGUUACUAGCUUAGCGCUGUCAGCUGUUAACAAGUUCCUCUCUUACGGCCUUUUGGAUCCCGUACAAACAUCCAUUCCGCAGACCAUCCACACCAUCGCAGAUGCCGUUACUCACGCCCGGUUCGUGGGCACCGAUCAAUCCUCCGACGGGGUAGUCCUGAUGCGCAUCCUGCAAGUACUGCGAACUCUUACACUCUCCCCCGAGGGCUCCACCUUGACCAACGAAAGCCUCUGCGAGAUAAUGCUGUCCUGCUUUCGCAUAUGCUUCGAAACGAGACUGUCGGAGCUGCUUCGUAAAACUGCCGAACAUUACCUGAAGGACAUGGUGCAAUUGAUAUUCAUGAGACUGCCCCAAUUCUCCGAGGACCCGAAGCUCUCCUACGUCAAGCGAUUGCGGAUGCAGCCCGGCGACCUCGACCAGACGAGAACGAAGAGGAAAAAGUACUCGAAGAAGGAGAACAAAGAGGCCGUUAAAGUACAACCGCAAGAAACUAACGUCGAAAGUACCCCGCAGGCCGACAUAGUAGACAUGCAAGGUACCAUUCUUCGUAAUAACGAAACUGCUAGUGUUACAACGCCUUCUAGUCCAAAUCCAAAUGUUGAUACAGACGUUGCUAUAGACAUUCCAACAGACGAUAGUAUGAAGAAUUCAGAAACUUCUAAUUUAGAUGAUAGUGGGGAGAAAGAAACCGACGAACCGUUUCAAGACUACGUCAAUCAAAGGGGUAUUCGGUUUACGCCUCAAUUCCAACAGGAAACCAAUCUAUCUCCUUACGGUUUAGCCUGCGUACGCGAACUAUUCAGAUUCCUAAUCAGCCUCUGUAAUCCUUUGGACAAGCAGAACACGGACGUCAUGAUACAUUUAGGACUCGGUUUGCUCACGGUAGCGUUCGAAAUUAGUGCAGACAACAUAGGCAAAUACAGCACACUGCUGGCUCUAGUCGAAGACGAUUUAUGCAGGAAUCUAUUCGCUUUAAUGAACACCGAUCGUCUGACGAUAUUCGCAGCGAACUUGCAAGUAUCGUUUCUGCUGUUCGAAUCGCUACGCGCCCACUUGAAGUACCAAUUGGAAUGCUACUUGAAGAAACUCAUGGAGAUCAUGCGCAGCGAAUCGAACAAAGUGAGCUACGAGCACAAGGAGAUCGCCUUGGACAAUCUGUUGCAAUUGUGGCGGGUGCCCGGCUUCCACGCCGAGCUCUACGUGAACUACGAUUGCGACAUGUAUUGCGCGAAUUUGUACGAAGAGCUCACCGAGCUCCUGGCCGAACGAUCAAUUUCCACCGUCGUGGGAGUGUACCACCAGCAUUUGCUGUCGCUCGACGGGCUUCUGAUCAUAAUCGAUGGCAUAGGAAAGAGAUUCGACGAAGCGAAAGAUCGUACCGAUACCGACGAGAUUAGUAGUUACAUAGGAGAGAAUACGAGGAUUAAAGGUUGUGUUAAAGUACCCGAUAAGAAGGUGUUGGCCGCGAAGAAGGCGAUCAAAAAGUGGUUACCUCAAGGUACGGAGUAUUUCAAUCAGAAGCCGAAGAAGGGCGUGCAGUUCCUGCAGGAGCACGGCGUUUUGAAGCAGGAGCUCGACGUGGAGGAGAUCGCGAGAUUCCUGCGGGAGAAUCCGGCGUUGAACAAGGCGAUGAUCGGCGAGUACAUCAGCAAUCGGGGGAACCUGAAGAUCCUCGAGGCUUUUGUGAGCACGUUCGAUUUCACCGGGAUCCGAAUCGACGAGGCGCUGCGGGCGUUUUUGGAGACGUUUCGAUUGCCAGGCGAGGCUCCCACGAUUUCGUUGAUCCUCGAACAUUUCGCCGAGCAUUGGCACAAAAGCAACGGGGAACCCUUCGCCGACGUGGAUUCCGCUUUCACCCUAGCGUACGCUGUGAUUAUGCUAAACGUCGACCAGCACAACGAAAACGCCAAAAAACAAACAACUCCCAUGUCGCCUAACGCUUUCAAGAAGAACCUGAAAGGCGUGAAUGGAGGCGACGACUUCGAGGAGGAGAUGCUGGACGAAAUCUACACGUCGAUCAAAAGCGAGGAGAUCGUGAUGCCGUCGGAGCGGACGGGCGUCGUGCGCGACAACUACCUGUGGAAGGUGCUGUUGCGGAAGGGCCGGUCGCCCGAAGGCGGCGUUUACAUGCGCGACGACGGCGGCGCCUACGACGCCGAAUUGUUUCGCAUAGCGUACGGGCCGCUGGCGGCCGCCCUGAAUUCCGUCUACGAGCGGGCGGACAACGAGGGCGUCCAGAAGAAGGUCGUGCGAGGUUUCGAGCGAUGCGCUUCGAUAGCGUCGGUACUCAAUAUGACUUCGAAUCUCGACAUGUUGCUGGUCAGUUUGUCGAAGUUCACCGUGUUCCACAACAAUCAGAAGCAGACGGCCGUCGUGGUGCAAUUCGGUUCGAACGGUAAGGCUCAAUUGGCUCUGAAGACGCUUUUCAUGUUGAUCCACCAGCACGGGAACUCUACGAGGGAAGGUUGGAAGCAUCUCUUCGAUCUUCUGCUCGCUUUGUACAGCAACGAUUUGCUCAGCAAGAGCUUCGUGGAGGUUGAAGAUUUCGUUGAGCCGUCCGGUAAAUUGUGUUUGGUGUACAAAGAUGCUCCGAGCGCCGCCAAACAGGAUACCGGAUUGUUAAGCUCGCUGUACUCCUACAUGAUAUCCGUGGAGAAUUUAUCCAAAAUUCCUUCGCCGGAAGAACAGAGUUUAAUAGACAAAGCCAGAGAGUGCAUCAAAGAGUGCAAUUUAGAGCAGAUGAUCACAGAUUCGAAAUUCCUCCACCAACAAGCUCUUUUCCAACUGGUCGACACCCUGAUCGAAUUAUCCAGAGGUCCGGACGUGCAAGACGGUUCGUCGUACGACUACAACGAAAACGUGACGGUCUUCUUCCUCGAAUUACUAGUAAAAAUCGUCAUCCAAAACAGGGACAGGGUGAUGACCAUAUGGGACCGCGUCAGAGACCACGUCUACACCUUGGUCAUGAACUCAUCGCUGAUGGACUACCAGUUCCUGUUGGAGCGAUCGGUCGUCGGUCUAUUGAGGAUAGCCGUGCGGCUGAUGCGCAACGAGGAAAUGAGCCACGUGGUGUUGCAGUCGUUGCGCAUGCUGCUGUUGCUGUUGAAAGGCGGCGUGCUGGCGAGGAUUUCCCGGCAAAUGGCGUUCGGUUUGUACGAGAUGCUGAAGACGUCGGCGCAAAACAUCCACACCACGGCCGAUUGGACGGUGGUGUUCGCGUUGUUGGAGUGCGUGGGAGCCGGCGCGAAGCCUCCCCGACCCGUUUUGACCGUAGACGAACCCAAAUCCGACGAAGAAACAUCGACGAAGGAGCACGAAGAAGGCGCCGAUAGAACGAACGAAACCGCCAAAAGACCUCAAAGUCCCGCUACGGCGGUCACCUCUCCGGUCGGUACGCCCAAUACGGGCGGAUGGAUCAUCGUCAGCGACGAAGACGAUCUCCAGCCUCACCAGAAUCGCCAGCAAACCCUACCGGUCCACUAUCACCUGCGCCUCGACGCCGAUCUCUCGGCCCACGAUCCGCUCAGCAUGCUCAAGUGCUGCGAGAGCUUGGCCUUUCUGGUGCGCGACGUCGCCCACAUCACGCCCUACAAUUUCGACGUGUGCGUGCGCUGCGUACGGACGUUCGUCGAGGCCGCCCUCAAGCCGCCUCCGGCCAACCACCAGCCGAACGUUCGAAGACCGCCGGCGCGGAGAAGCAGGACGAAAAGCCCGGCGGGCAGCCAAGAGGAGGACAGCAGCGGCGGCGACGAGGACGAGGACCUGCCCAGCGGCUACCACCAGGUCCCCAUACAAUUGCUCGACUUGAUGCACACGUUGCACACGCGCACCGCGCAGAUAUUCAAAUGGUGGGCGGAGGAAGGCGGCGAGAUCUCCGGCGAAACUUCCCUGUGGACGCAAGGAUGGUGUCCUUUGCUACAAGGCAUCGCGCGAUCGUGUUGCGACGUCCGCAGGACGGUCAGGACGAGCGCCAUCGCCUACCUCCAAAGAGCUCUGCUGGUGCACGAUCUCCAAACGCUGACGCCCCGAGAAUGGGAGCAGUGUUUCCGACGAGUACUAUUUCCCCUAAUGAAUUAUCUACUGCAAUCCGCCGGUACUAGAGACGCCGUCUCCACGGAGGAAACCCGCAUAAGAGCCGCCGGCGUGCUGUCGAAGGUGUUCCUUCACCAUCUAGCGCCUCUGUCGUCGCUACAGAGCUUCGCCGAUCUGUGGUCGACGGUGCUCGAGCUGAUGGACGGUUACAUGCACGCCGACGGCAGCGAGUUGCUGCUGGAGGCCGUGCCCGAGAGCCUGAAGAACAUGCUGCUGGUGAUGGAGGCGGCGGGCGUGUUCGACGCGCCCGACGGCCAGAAGAACGCCUUGUGGACGGCGACGUGGGAGCGCAUCGGGAAGUUCCUGCCGGGAUUGAAGGACGAGCUGUUUAGGGAGAUGGGAUCGAGGAAGAAGGUCGUGGAAGAGGCCAAAGACGCGGAGAAUCGAGAGAAGAAGGUGGCGGACGUGGAGGUUCGUGAGAAGGAGGCGGAGUGUUGGGAGAAGAACGUCGGCGGACGGGAGCAGGACGUGGAUGGGCGGGAGAAGGAGGAGCUGGUCGCGUGUUGAUGACAUUUCGAUUUUUGUGUACGAGGGGUAUGUAAAUAAAUGAAUAUACAGGGUGAUCAAAGAGUAUGCGAGAGAGGUAGGUGUGUAUCGAAAUGUUAUUUAUGCAUUUUUGUGUACAAACAUGGUAAAAAGUAAUGUUGGUAAAUAGUGUGCUGGAAUCCGAUGUAUCAAACUUAUUUUAUGGGGAAUUAUUGCAGUGUAUCUUCCUUAUCUCGAGAGGAAUUUCAUAAUUUUUAAAUGAGGUUAAGUUCUUUUUGAAAUUCAGUAUUUUAAAUAUAAAAUUAUUGCAAGAAAUAUAGAAUGUAGGAUUCGAAAAUCCGAACGUUUUACAAAAAUUUAAAUAUAUUUUUAAGCCUUUUAUGACUAUUUUUAAUAAUUAUAUAGUACAUUUUUAGAAAAUAAUUUGAUACACCGGGCGAUUGUAAAUUCUCAGUGGUCACACUGUAUGUGAAUUAUAAAUUGUAAAAUAUUAAGCGUAUAAACUAAUUUGUACCUAUCAAAAUGCAUAUUAUAAAUAGCGUAUUUUAAAGUCUAUUAAUUGUAUAUGUUGUAUUUAUUAAAAUCUGAUUUAUA